AUGUCCGCGCGUGAGGAGCUUAGAAAGAAGCGUGAGCUCGAAGAGGCACGCAAAGCAGGCACAGCUCCCGCAGAGCUCGACGAGGAUGGAAAACCAAUCAAUCCUCACAUCCCACAAUACAUAUCACAAGCUCCUUGGUACAUGGACACGGGCAAGCCUGGUCUUGGUCACCAGCGUCUCAAUAGAGAGUACGACAGCUCUGCCGAUAAACUUAACAAGUGGUACGAUCGUUCUGCCAAAGGCUACAAAGCCCAGCGUUUUAGGAAAGGCGCUUGUGAGAAUUGCGGUGCAAUGGGUCACUCUAAGAAGGAUUGCGUUGAGAGGCCCCGGAAACGUGGUGCUAAUAAAACUAACAGCGUCACUCAAGCGGAUGAUGUCGUACAUGACAUUGCCACCGAUUUCGACGCUAAAAGAGAUAGAUGGAACGGCUAUGAUCCAUCUUCACAUAAAAGAGUCGUUGAAGAAUAUGCCGCCGUUGAGGAUGAACGGCGACGUAUUCAAGAAGAUGAGCUUGAUAAGCAGAAUAGCAUUUCCGCGGCCAAAAAAGUCGUUGACGCAGGCAAGCAGAAGAUCAAGGAUGAGUUCGGUAGCUCAGAUGAAGACGAAGAUGAUGAGGAUAAAUACGCUGAUAAUGCUGACGCUGUCGGUCAGAACGUCGACGCUAAUAACCGGAUCACGGUUAGAAAUCUGCGUAUAAGAGAAGAUACAGCGAAAUACCUGAUGAAUUUAGAUAUCGAAUCGGCACAUUAUGAUCCAAAAACUAGAUCUAUGAGAGAGGCUCCUCAUUCCGACGUUAAGCCUGAAGAUAGUGCGUUCGCUGGUGAAAAUUACGUCAGAGAUAGUGGUGAUGCUGCCGGUAUACAAAACACACAACUCUUUGCAUGGCAGUCUGCAAGCCGUGGACAUGAUAUGCACGUUCAAGCCAAUCCAACAGCCACUGAAAUGGCUCAUGGUGCAUUCAAGGUGAAGAAAGAAGAAAUCAAGGAUACGCACAAAAAUAGCAUGCUCAACAGAUACGGAGGUGAAGAGUACCUCAGUGCGUCUAAUAUACCGAGAGAGAUUCGCUUGGGUCAGACCGAUGAGUAUGUUGAGUAUUCGAGAUCUGGUCAGCUACUUAAAGGAAAGGAGAGGGCUGUUGCCAAAUCUAAAUACGAGGAGGAUGUCUUCCCUGGAAAUCACAGCUCAGUGUUCGGUUCGUGGUUUAGUGUGCAAAGUAAAUCUUGGGGAUACAAGUGCUGUCACUCAACGAUAUACACAUCAUACUGCCAGGGCGAAGCAGGCAAAGAGGCUGCCAAGACGACCUUCUCCAGACACGAGAUUGAGGAAGCAUCUAAACCGCAGAAAUCACUCGCAGAUCAGCACAAAGACAAGAUUGCUGCUGGUACUGCUGAUUUGAAGGGCAGGGCAGAGCGAGAUGGCAAUAAGUACGGAUUUACAAAAGACCCACAAGCACUGGGUGAUUUGGAUAACGAUAAACUCAAGAUAGCAGUCGAUCGUGAGCGAAGAAGAAAGGAGAACAAACUAAGCAGAGUCGAAUUAGAGGAAGAAGCAGCCAAAGUCGACGGUGGUAAAGUCACAGCUGAAGAUAUUGAAGCGCAGAGGCUGGUCAAACUCGAUGAGGAUGAUCCGCUUCGUCAUGUCAAUGCGAAUGACGUGCUGCCAUUGUAA